AUGAACCAGAUUAAAGAAGAGACUCUUCCAAAUAAAGAAGAUCCUGAUAUAACUCGAAAUAGUCUAAAAGCACUGGGCUGCGCGUUUACAGAUGAAAACUCAGCAAGUUUUCAGGAAACAGAUUCUUCUAACUGUACACAAAACAAGAUCCUGCAAUCACAACAUAAAUCAUCUUUUAAUACUAUACUGAACACGUAUUGCACAAACACAGAUAAUAUAUUACAGGAGAAGCUGUGUGUGUCACUCUAUUGGUUCAGUGUCUUAAAGCCUGUUCUUAUUGUAUUUAUAGAAAGGCUGAAUAAAGAAAAAUAUAUACCAGAGACAGUAAAUAUAUUUGCUAUAAGACCAAAUGGUGUGACAAAUUUAGAUUAUGCAAUAUACUUGCUACUAGAGCACAAAUGGGUUCUACGCAGAAUACACUCUAUCAGCAAUUCAGAACUAUCUCAUAUCCUAACUGUGCAAGAUACACAUCUUCUUAGGCAGCUUUACAGGGACAAGGACCGCAUACAUAAUAUACUGCAAGAACUUCACAAUAUAAUCUAUGCCGCCUCAGAUGCUAGUAGUGAAUUCACACCAAACACAUACACACGAUAUUUUGUCGAUCCAAAUUCCAUAAAUAAUUCUAGUUAUUACUCUUUACAGCAAAGAAUAAAAGCUAUUAAUAAUAGACUCCACAGAUUCUUAAUAAAGAAUGAUCUCACCAGAGAAGAGAAAGAAUACGUCACAAAUAGAAUAAAAAAACACAUAUUCGUGCUGUCUUGUGCUAAUGAUACUUCAAAUCGCUCAAUACAUCUAAAUCAUUCAACCCAAAAUUUAAAUAAUUCAGGCCAUACGGAUUUGCUUAUGUCCUCUGAGUCCACAAUGGAUUCUGUGCUAAAAGACAUUAUUAUUAUUCGAAUGCGCGCGUGUUUGCUUAUUAUGGUAAGUUGUUUGGCAUUUUUCCUAUGCUUUAUUUCUGAUUGA